AGUUGAACAAUCCUUUCGUACUUCUCACCAGCGCUCAACCAUUUUAUUUCUUUUUAUUCUUAAGAGUGUUCAAAAUCAAAUUGCCGAAUACUGAAAAACUGAAAAAAAAAUAAUAAAAGUACUGAAAACAAAUGUCACAAAGCAUACGAAACAAGGCCAAAUCACGGUCGUUUUUGCUUUUUUCGUUGUUUGUUUGUUUGUUAUAUAUGUCUAUUAAAAGAACAAAAAGUGUACAAAGUACGAAUAAAAAUAAAUAUUCUAAGGAAUAAUUACAUAUUAAUUUUCAAACAAUAUGAUUUUUUUUUCUUUGCAUAGGUACCAGUAUGUUCGUCUUGAUGGAACGAUGUCGAUCAAAAAACGGCAGAAGAUUGUAGACAGAUUCAACGACCCACAUGUGAGUGGAACACAAUAGACACUUCCACGGUUUUCUUUUUUUUUUUCAGUUUUGAUCAAGACCAGGUAGCGAAUAUUCAUUGACACCUGCUGGAAAGAGCGCAUUCACAAAAGGAAAUUAAAACUUACCGAAUUUAAAGGUGAUGCGUUGAAAGCGAGCAAAGAUCUUACGUUCAAACUUGGCAUCUUUACUCAUAGAACCCUUUAAGUGCCAAUGGUGACCAACAUCAAUUUUCUCCUAACAAUAUCCAUACAUUAUUAAGAGAAAUGGUUGCGAGAAUUAGUCAAAUGAUCACCAAAGAGAAAAUUCUUUGUUCUUUUUAUUAAAUUUUCUCAACUUAUCCGUAAAGGAAAUGUAUGAAUAUCAGUUUGGAGAAUUUGUAUGUGGAAAUUGGGGCUUAAACGGUUAAAGGCGUUUUCCUUUUAGCCCUAUUGACGGAUUUUCGCUAACUGGUCCCAGUCAGAAGUUGAAAUAACCGUGGUGUGGUCUGUUUUUUCGUGUUAUUUAUCGUUUUCAUACUGGCCAAGAUGGCGUUGGAAAUCGUGGGAAGGUAUCUAAAUACUUGCUCACUUGGAUCGCCGUUUUUGUCAUGCUGUAGGGAAGCGACUUUGUAUUCAUGUUGAGUAGUAAAGCUGGUGGAUGUGGCUUGAAUCUGAUUGGUGCGAACCGACUUGUGAUGUUUGAUCCUGAUUGGAAUCCAGCCAAUGACGAUCAAGCAAUGGCCCGUGUGUGGAGAGACGGACAGAAAAAGAAGGUGAUUGGACAUUUGACAUCAAAAAUUGAGUUAAAAGUUAACUGACAUACUGGGAAAAAAAGUAAAAGUUUCUAAUAAUAGAUUAAUUUAUCUGUGAUAAAUAAUCGGAUACCGGUUCAGACGUUUGCAUAGUGAUUAAGUGCACUCAUUAACUUACAUUAAAUAUGUUUGAUCAGUAGUUCUUUAAAGUAAUUAAGUUCGUGUUUUAUGUACGUUUACUCGAAAGGUUUAGUUAAUCUUAAUUUUAUCGUCUUUUCAGGUCUUCAUUUACAGACUACUGUCGGUAAGUUUGCAUUUUUAACGUAUAAAGUAAAAAGUAGUAGAGAAUAAAACUAAAACCCAGUAUGAAUUACGUACGUUGAGUUGUUGAAUUUGACAUGUAGUCUACUUGCCAGGGACAGUUGCAUAAAACCUUCUUAAGAUAAGAGGGCUCUUAACUUUUUGUUCUGGAACAAUAACCUAUUUUUUAGAACUAAUAGUUACGAGUUCCCUUAAUCUUAAGAUGUUUUGUGCAACCCGAUCCAGGCCUUCAAACAAAGCGUCUCUGUAAAACUUCAUUCACUACUGCUGUAUCAUUUUUCUUAUAUUAUUUGUUUUAAACAAAUUAACUACAACUACGUUUUGUGUUGACUUUCUCUACCCGUCAGAUUUCUCAGCAAAGUAGUUGUCUCGCUUUGCGUAAAGCCCGAUUUCCUUGUUAGAGAGACUUCGAAUCAUUGUUUUUACGGCAAAUAGCACUCAAUCAACAUCAGAUUCAAGGUAGCAAUUUCUAAAAUUACGAAAUGAACUGACAAAAACUGUGUAAAAUUCUCAUGGAUCAACCUGAUGUGAAAUUACUAGUUUUUGAGUACACAUGAUAAUUAAAAAGCGCUAAGAGACAAGUAACAUAUCAAGAAAAGGGAAUCAAAUUCGAAAACAAUAGGUUUUGUUUUCUGGUGUUGAAAUGGCCAUGUUUGGUCAUUUUUAAAACGGCUAAAACAAUGGGACAAGUAAGUGAAAACGUGGUUUCGUGAACGUGAAAGUGAAGGUCAGCAUGAUUCUAAAUAUUCCUAUCGUUGUUGGUUAAUAAUUAAAGAGCGCCGAGCGGUAAAAGACAAGUAAUGCACGUGUCAGCGACGGGUCUGCAUCACGUCGUAGAUAUGCCAACCUCGUUCCCAGAGCCUGUGAUCCUUUCCUUCCGCUGGACAAGGGUCAACAAAGGUUCUGGGGAGAGGAUUGCAGGCAAUAUUCAUGGCGCCAUUUUUACACCAGAAUCGAGUGAAACAAAAUUGCAUGUUUGCAAACGCAAAGAGAAAAGAAAAGAAAGAUUUGUAUGUGGUACGAGGGAUCAAGUCAAUACGUUCGACGCAAACUGCUCUCUAUACCAUGAAAGAGAAUGUGCGAAAUUUCUUAUAUUUGAACUGGGGAGAAGGUAACACGUGAAUCUGUUCAUUGCUGUUGCGUACAAAUGUACACAACUACUCUGGAAGAUUUUUUACGGGUGAACGCUUCCUAUCCCGUGCUAGAGUCCCGUAAACGGACAGGAUUAAGUUGGUAGCCCCUCUUUCAGUUUGGAUGAAUGCAAUGGUAAAGUGAAUGGACACACUUUUCCCAUGCCUCCUCCACAAACUGUCCCAAGGCUGGGAAAGGGAGCACGGACUUAAAAAAGGGUGCUGGAGAAAAAGCAAGUGGUGCCAGUAGGGGAUGAUGGGAACGAGCGCGGAGCGAAUUCGGGGAGUAACGGGAAGAAAAACAGACACAGGGGAACGCUUCGUCUUUAUUCCCUUCCCAGCUCUCACUUUUGCCCUCGCUUUCCUUAAUUAUUAACUAAAAUAUGUCCUAAAAUAAGCGAUCUCGAGCAACUUGAGAAGAGGCAGCCAUUUGCUCCUGAAUCACUUCCAUGUUCUGGACAAUUUUUUUUCCUUUGUAGACAGGUACUAUAGAGGAGAAGAUCUUCCAACGGCAGGCUCACAAAAAAGCACUGAGCAGUUGUGUGGUGGACGAAGAGGAAGAUGUUGAAAGGCAUUUCUCAGUUGGAGAGUUAAAAGACCUCUUUCGUUUGAAUGAGGACACAAUCAGCGACACUCAUGACAAGUAUGUACAUGUGCCUUUUGUUUUGAAGAUGGUUUUGUCAUCGACUAUCUUGCAAAAUGUAUCGGCUGAGGUUUUCCAGGACCACCAGUGGCAAAUGCAAUGUGUGCAAUAUCAAAAAACAGUUGACAAUCCAAGAUCAACUGUUAUCAGCCACGGUUUUCAUACCGGCUACUGAAUGGCUGUAGACUGAUACAAUCAUCUACAUUCCUUGUCUCCAAACCCUAAAUCCCUACCCCUAUAUUGCUUUAUCUACCCGUAGAAGCAAAUCUUAAGAUAAGACAGAUACAAGGUGCUCCGGGUCAUUUUAUUUCAAUAGUAGAGAGUUUAAGAUUCACGUAUACGGCAAACGUCACAUUCAAGUUGAGAAUUUCUCAAAAUAGAAAACGAGCAAAUAAAAAAAACUCAAAACAAUUGUUAUGGAUAAAAAAUUGCGUGAAGCUACUUAAUUUAUGUGUUGAAAUAAUGAACCGUAAACGAUAAGUAAAGGGGAAACUUGGUCACGUGGUACAAAUUCGCGUUUGCCGUUUGACGUAAACGUGAUGCUUAACCUCUCCAAUGACUUGAAAACCUUCACCAGCUGCUGCAUGGCUCUUCUUUGUUUUCCGUAGAUUCAGAUGCCGUCGAUGCGUGAACAACAGUCAGGUAAGGCCUCCACCUGAUGGGAGUGAUUGUAGUGCAGACCUUUCUCAAUGGCACCACUCUUCAGACCCAAAAGGACUGGAAGACAUACUGUUAAAGGGAGCAUGGUCGAGCGGAGUGACAUUUGUUUUUCACCACAAAUCCCAUGAGAAACAAUUAGGCCUGUGACUGGUCACCAAGAGAAUGCUCUACACGCAGGCUAAUGCUCUAUAAUGGUAUAGAGACACUUUAAUUUUGUUACCGCAAUUAAAGGAGCUGUGUCACGAAAUUCACGGCCAAAUUAGGUAAUUACAAAAUGCCCGUUAAAUUAAGAGAAACGUAAAAAUAACCGCUUAUAACAUUAAAGGAAGGUUAAAAUAACACAACAGAUACAACAGAUGUCACGGAUGGGUAAAACUGAAAAAGAUUGGAACGGAUUGAAACUAGGGUUUUGAAAAUGGUUCAGCCUAACAGUUUUUCAAACUUGAUCUCUGCUGUUUGCAACUUCAAAAAUAAUGCUCAGGAGACAUAUUUGUUUGUCUCGAAUCUCUGAUUUUGUCAUUUCCAUGUAAUUUUCUUGCUUACUUUAAGUUCCAUAGCGAUUGAGGGCGAGUAAUUGGCGAAAUUAAACAAACUGAACUGGAUUGCCGUGACACAGCCCCUUUAAUUUUUAAAGGCUUAGCUCACAAGCUUAUUAUUGACUACGGGUAUUUGGCUGAAGUGCCCUGUAGUCUUAGCUACACAUUUUAAAGCCAAAGGUUUAAUUGAAUAGGGAGCUGUCCUCUUCUUCAAUAGCUAAGCACUGUGUUAAAACAGGCAGGGUCAGGAUUACUGGAGAUGUUUGGAAAGGUUAUGUGCUCGUGAGGUUGCUUAAUAGAUAGAAAUAUAAUAAAAACAGUCUUUUAAACAUAUUUCCCAAUACUGCA